AUGCAGAACCCGAAGUCUCUGGCUGCUUUCCAUGCUCUUGGCGGUUUGGAGGGUCUGGAGCGCGGUUUGCGAACAGAUCUAAACGCCGGUUUGUCCAUAGAUGAAGGGCGGCUGGAGGGUACUGUCGAGUUCAAGGAUGUGGCACCUUCGCAAGACACAUCUACAACAUCUCCACCAAAAUCUGACACUGAAGCAUCAGCGCCGGUGUCAUCUGGUAGUGGCUCACCCUUUGAAGACCGGGUUCGGGUCUUCAGUCAGAACAAGUUACCCGCUCGGAAAUCGACCGGGUUCUUCAAGCUAUUUUGGGCUGCAUAUAACGACAAAAUUAUUAUAUUAUUGACUAUCGCCGCCGUGAUCUCACUAUCCUUGGGGAUAUACGAGACCGUGGACGAAGGCACAGGCGUCGACUGGGUGGAAGGAGUCGCCAUCUGCGUGGCAAUCUUGAUUGUCACGAUUGUCACAGCUGUCAACGAUUGGCAAAAAGAGAGACAAUUUGCCAAACUCAGUUACGGCGUGAAGUGCGACGAGUCUUCCGCUACCGGCGAGUCGGAUCAAAUGAAGAAGACCAACGGCCAUGAAGUCUGGCAGCAAAUUAUCGACGGCAAGGCAACGAAGAAACUCGACCCGUUCCUGAUCUCCGGUAGCAAGGUCCUUGAAGGCGUGGGAACUUAUGUCGUCACCAGUGUUGGGCCUUAUUCCACCUACGGACGGAUCUUGCUGUCGCUGCAAACUCCUAAUGACCCGACGCCGCUUCAGGUCAAGCUGGGUAGGCUCGCAGAUUGGAUUGGAUCUUUGGGUACAGGAGCUGCUGGUAUUCUGUUCUUCGUUUUGCUCUUCCGAUGGGUAGCCAAUCUUCCUAAUCACCCGGAGAUGACUGGUGCUAUGAAAGGCAAAGAGUUUGUGGAUAUUCUCAUUGUUGCGGUUACGGUUAUUGUUGUCGCUAUUCCAGAGGGCCUUCCAUUGGCAGUAACACUGGCUUUGGCCUUUGCUACCACACGAAUGGUCAAGGAGAACAACCUCGUCCGUGUCCUUCGUGCAUGCGAGACAAUGGGCAACGCUACAGUCAUCUGCUCUGAUAAGACAGGUACAUUGACACAGAACAAAAUGACUGUUGUGGCCGGAACCUUUGGCUCGGAUCAGGACUUCAGCCAGAGAACCGAAGAUGCAGAUGUGGAGGGUUCAAUGACUAUUUCGGCGGUUUCCCAGAAAUUGUCGGCUCCCGUCAAAGAUCUGAUCAUCAAGAGCAUCGCUUUGAACUCGACUGCCUUUGAACAGGAAAAAGACGGCUCCAUUGAUUUUGUCGGCAGUAAGACUGAGGUGGCGAUGCUUCAGUUGGCCCGGGAUUAUAUGGGUAUGGAUCUUGUCUCGGAGCGUGGCUCCGCUGAAAUCGUCCAAUUGAUUCCUUUCGACUCCGCCAGGAAGUGCAUGGGUGUUGUUUACCGUGUUCCUGGUGUUGGCCACCGACUGCUUGUCAAGGGAGCGUCCGAGUUGAUGGUCGGCACCUGCACCACAAAGAUCAUCAACAUUGACACUGCCAAAGAAAGACCCGAUGUGGAAGAUCUUUCUGCGACACAGAAGAAGGACAUCCUGGACAUCAUCGACAAUUACGCUCACAAGUCUCUUCGGACGAUUGGCAUGGUCUACAAAGACUUCGCAAGCUGGCCCCCGAGAGAAGCGAAACAUUCUGAAGAUUCUUCUGCGAACUUCGAGGAUUUCUUCCAUAGUAUGACCUGGGUCGGAGUUGUGGGUAUCCAAGACCCUCUUCGCCCCGAAGUCCCAUCAGCCAUUCGCAAAUGCCAUUCGGCAGGCGUCCAGGUCAAGAUGGUGACCGGUGACAAUGUUGCCACUGCCACCGCUAUUGCAACGUCUUGCGGGAUUAAGACGGAAGAUGGAUUGGUCAUGGAAGGUCCCAAGUUCCGCCAACUCACGAACGACGAGAUGGAUGAAGUGGUUCCGCGCCUGCAGGUCCUCGGUGAGACGGUCGCUGUAACAGGUGAUGGUACCAAUGACGGUCCGGCUUUGCGGACUGCAGAUGUCGGCUUCUCCAUGGGUAUUGCUGGUACUGAGGUCGCCAAGGAGGCUAGUUCAAUUAUCCUUCUGGAUGAUAACUUCAGUUCCAUUAUCACAGCCAUCUCCUGGGGACGAGCUGUCAAUGACGCCGUUGCCAAGUUCUUGCAAUUCCAGAUCACGGUUAAUAUCACAGCCGUGGUCCUCACCUUCGUCUCGUCUGUGUACAGCAGUGACAACACCAGUGUUUUAACAGCUGUGCAGCUGCUCUGGGUGAACCUGAUUAUGGACACCUUCGCCGCUCUCGCCUUAGCCACGGAUGCCCCGACUGAAAAGAUUCUCGACCGCAAACCUGUCCCCAAACACGUCUCCCUCUUUACAUUGACCAUGUGGAAGAUGAUCCUCGGUCAAGCAGUAUACCAGCUCGCCGUCACAUUCAUGCUGUAUUUCGCAGGCGACAAGCUCCUCGAUGCCCAUCUCAGCACCGAACCCGAGAUGCGCGAAAAGCAGCUCUCGACCGUGGUGUUCAACACGUUCGUGUGGAUGCAGAUCUUCAACGAAUUCAACAACCGUCGCCUCGACAACAAGUUCAAUAUCUUCGAAGGCAUGUUCCGCAACUACUGGUUCCUGGGAAUCAACACCGUCAUGGUCGCCGGCCAGGUCAUGAUCGUCUACGUGGGCGGCCAGGCAUUCAGCGUGACCCGCUUGAGUAGCACCCUCUGGGGUGUGUGUAUCAUCUGUGCUAUUGCCUGUUUGCCCUGGGCUAUCGUGCUCCGACUUAUCCCGACUACCAUUUCGGAAUUGUCUUCAAUGCCGUUGUUGGCGCUCCCCACAAAGCUUCCCCAAUACCAAUACCAUUCGGCUGGCUUGAUCAACGACUUGAUCGAGACCCAUCCCUACUUUGUUUCCGCCCUCAACCAAACCCCAGCCGCCACCAUGUCGCAAAUCAACUACCGCACCAUCAACAUUGACGCCCUGGACCCCGAGUCCUCGGCCAACUUCCCCAUGGAAUCCCUCCUGCCCGCCACACUCCCCCAAGCUGCAAGCGCCAGUGACGCUGCCAGUGCCGCGGCACAGGUGCGCCAGAUGCUGCGCGGCGGUGACCCGGAGGGCGCUCUGCGGACAGUCCUCGACACGGCGCCGCUGGGCGGCGACGACCGCGCCAAGGAGGUGCAUCUUGCUACCGUCAUCGAUGUGUUGCAAGGUAUCCGACAGGGCGAGAUGACCCGCAUUCUGGAGGGUGUGUGCAGCGGGGAUGGCGGGGCUGAGCGGGCGGAUUGCUUGAUGAAAUACCUGUACAAGGGCAUGUCCUCGGCUGCUCCUGGUAGCGGUACCCAGACGCCGAAGAAGCCGGUUUCGCCUCAGGACACGGGCUUCUCGCAGAUCCAGGCUCGCAACUUGGGUGAAGGUGGUGGUGGUCAGCAGAUGAGCGUUUUGUUGAGCUGGCACGAGAGGCUUGUGGAGAUUGCUGGUACUGGGUCGAUUGUGCGGGUCAUGACUGAUCGUAGGACCGUUUGA